AGGUCAAAAUUCUAGCAGUUAUGAAACUCAUUAUGGCGGACAUGUGUCAUACAACCGUGGCGGAGCAACUUUUGAUUCAAGGUCAUGCAUAUUAAAUCAUAUAGCCCAAGUUUAGCCUCGUGGAUUGAUCUGCCUGGGCGGUGAAUCUGAGAACCGGGGAGGGAUUUUUCAAGAAACCUUAGCCGGUUCUGCGGGUUCUGCGAGAACUUUACAGAAGAAAUAAAAUCUUUCAGACAAAGAAUCUCACAGAAAAAUCAAUUUGAUUUCUUUGGUUUUUUUUUUAAAUCUGAGCUCCAGAAAUUUCAGAUCUGUAUGAAGGGAGGAUGGUGUUUGAGGGGAGGAAAAUGAGUGUGAAGACACAGCCGCUCAUCGCCUAUGCGAAGCUCGCCGCCGGAUUGUUCUUCGCUGUAAUUUUGGUCGUGUGGAGUUUCGAUGGCGCGACGUUGUGGGACUCGUGGAGGACUAACGUCCAACCCGAGUUCGAAGCCCCUGCAGCAGCUCUGGUCAUAAUUGCUCCUCACUCCAAUCAAAUCCUGCGCACCGCUCACAAUCAACUCAACAGCAGCUUCCUGCCGCAAGCCGAAGCCGAAGCCCCAGCGCCACAGCAAAGGGAAGAAAUAUUCAAUCUGGUGUCUCCUACCGAGAACAGAACCGAAGGAAGCUCAAGCUCAAACCCUGAAGUAAGCUUAAGCUCAAGCCCUAACUGGAUUCAAUUCCCUCAACAGCACAACGAGACGGAAGCGCUGCUGAGAUGUCUGGCUCGGAACGGCACACACCCCUGCCAUGGACUCGAAACGGUUAAAAUUGAGCUCUUGGGGUUUCCUUCAGGCGAACCGGCGGUUCUCCAGGCGGGGAUUGUUCACAGCUUUGUUUUCACGGCCUUCGAUCAGUACGCACAGCCGCGGUGUUCAGGCGGAGACUACUACGAAUCAGAUCUUUCCGGGCUGGAGUGGAAAUCACGGCCACCGGUAGUAGACAUGGGAAACGGUUCUUACAGCAUAAGCCUCCAGGUCGACCCGCGCUUUGCCGGACUUUACAAUCUCACGGUUAUCCUGCUCUUCGGGAACUAUAAUGGCCUCCGCUUGAGGCCCCACCGUUGGGCGCGCAGGCAGGAAAUGCUCAGUCUCACGAUCCAUUUCGCCUCGGAUUCGAACCCUGCACCUCCUCUGCAGCGCUGUGCGGCUUCGGAUUUUGCAGCAAAUGCCUGGUCUGGAAGAUGGACCCGAGGUACUCACAACGAAUCCUGUGAAAUAAACCGCAAAGGGAGGUUCUUGUGCUUGCCCCCGCAGGAGCCCUGCCCUGAGCCAUGGUGUACAGGCGCCCUAAGCACUCUGGAGAGCAACGGUUGGGUUUAUUCUGCGCACUGUAGCUUUCAUAUCUUUGAUACUCGCGAGGCCUGGAGAUGCCUGGAUAAAAAGUGGCUUUUCUUUUGGGGGGAUUCGAACCAUGGUGACACGAUUCGCAACUUGCUCAACUUUGUGCUGGGGCUGUGGCACGUUAAAGAAGUCCCACGACGCUUUGACAGGACCUUCAACGGCCCGGGUUCGAGGCGCGUCCGCAUCACCAACGUCUUUAAUGGCCACUGGAACGAAAGCCUCAACUACCAGGGCCUCUUUUCUCUCACUAACGAUGGCUUCCGCGACAUGGUCCGAUCGUUUUUCACUGGAACCACUCUGCCGGACGUGAUGAUCAUGAACUCGGGCUUGCACGACGCCGUCUACUGGAAGAACACUCAGCUCUUCGCUGGCGGCGCCGACAUGACUGCGGAGUUCUGGAAUUCCGUCAUGGAGUCCGUCGAUAGACGGGGUUUGAAACGGCCGGUUUUUCUGUACCGGAGCACCAUUGCAACGGGGGGUUACGCUCGUGACCUCUGGUUUAAUCCGUACAAGAUGGAGACGUACAAUCACAUUCUGUUGGAGAAAUUGAGGGAUAAGAAUUUGGUUUCUAUGGUUGUGGACGAUUUCGAUCUCACUUUCCCCUGGCAUUAUGAUAAUAAUUGCAGUGAUGGUGUGCACUAUGGCCGCGCACCGGCCAAGGCAAAAUGGCGUGACGGACAAAUUGGCCACCAGUAUUUUGUCGAUUUGAUGCUCGUUCACGUUCUUCUCAAUGCCAUCUGCAUGCCGUAACGAUACUAUUCCUUUUUUUUCUUUUUUACAUUCUUUGUAUAUUUUUUGGGCCCAAUUUUUGUGUUGUUAACCUUUAUAACUUCAAUAAAAAACCAAUUUAAUUUUGAUCACAACAA